AUCUAAUUGUCUAUUUUUCUUUAAAAACAUUAAUUAAAGUACUUAGAAAACGCUGUAGAAGAUGGCGAUUGUGUCGUUGCGCGAUGUGGCUGUGAUGAUGGUAGUGGUGCUGGUGACUGUGCAGGUGUUUGCACAAGGGUAUCCGGAAGCAGAUUUGGUUGUGAGGCUUCCAGGUCAACCAAAGGUUGCGUUCAGACAAUACGCCGGGUAUGUUGAUCUCGACUUGAAUGCUGGACGUAGCCUUUUCUACUACUUCGUCGAGGCUGAAAAACACCCUGACACAAAACCGCUAACCUUGUGGCUCAAUGGAGGUCCAGGUUGUUCUUCAGUUGGUGGAGGAGCUUUCACUGAGCUAGGUCCAUUUUACCCCACAGGCGAUGGCCGUGGUCUCCGCGUUAACUCCAUGUCGUGGAACAAAGCAUCGAACCUGCUGUUUGUGGAGUCACCGGUUGGAGUUGGAUGGUCUUACUCCAACCAAAGCUCUGAUUACAACACCGGUGACAAGUCUACUGCCAGCGAUAUGCUCGCGUUCUUGUUGGGAUGGUUCGACAAGUUCCCAGAGUUCAAGUCUCGCGACUUCUUUCUCACUGGUGAAAACUAUGCAGGACAUUACAUACCGCAAUUGGCUGAUGGGAUACUCAGCUACAAUUCACACUCAAGUGGGUUCAAAUUCAACAUCAAAGGCAUUGCAAUUGGGAAUCCAUUUCUGAAGCUUGACAGAGACACUCGAGCUGCAUUCGAGUUCUUCUGGUCGCACGGGAUGAUCUCUGAUGAAGUGGGACACACAAUCAUGAGUCAGUGUGACUUCUCACAUUACACAGAUGUAUAUCCGCGUAAUGUAAGUGUUCCAUGCAACGACGCUAUCCGUGAAGCCGGAAACAGCAUCACUGAGUAUGUCAACAACUAUGAUUUUCUUCUUGACAUUUGCUACCCCUCAAUUGUCCUCAAAGAACUAAGGCUUAAGCAAAUGGCCACAAAGAUGAGCAUGGGAGUGGAUGUCUGUUUGACCUACGAAAGACAGUUCUAUCUCAAUCUCCCAGAGGUACAGAUAGCGCUUCACGCGAACCGCACUCAUCUGCCAUAUUCAUGGUCAAUGUGCAGCAACCUGUUAAACUACUCUGGCAUCGAUGCAAACAUCAACAUGCUUCCGACUCUGAAGAGAGUUAUACAGAACAAAAUUCCUGUUUGGAUCUUCAGUGGAGAUCAAGAUUCUGUAGUUCCAUUUCUGGGAUCACGAGCUGUCGUACGAGAACUCGCAAACGACCUCAAUUUCAAGACGACAGUUCCAUAUGGAGUGUGGUUCCACAAAAGACAGGUUGGAGGUUGGGCCAUCGAGUAUGGAAACAUACUCACUUUUGCAACAGUGAGAGGAGCGGCUCAUGCGGUGGCGAACUCGCAGCCCUCACGAGCUCUGCAUCUAUUCAGCACCUUUCUUCGUGGCCAUAGAUUGCCCAACAAGACCGAUAUAGCUAUGCAUGAUUGAAAGAGAAGGAAGCUCAUUAUUAGAGUAUAUAACCUUAAGACAUAAUUUUUCCUACGAUUAUUAGUAACAAGACUCGUCUCUUGAUUAUGAUAAUGGUUUAAUGAUGUAAACGAUACAUAAUCUCCACUCAGAACCGUUGACAUAAAAAAAAAAAAGGUAC